CCAACUACACAGGCCUAAGUAAACACUGCUAAGUUCUAACCAUAUACCUAACUACCAACCUAGAUUAUUACAACCAGAUUACGAGUGAGUUUAAAGAUUCGAAGUUUUUUUUAGAAAUGCGUCUAAAAAUUAGAAUGCUCUAAGUCAGUAAUUUAUUUUAUUUAUCGGGCUAUACACAGAGUAAAUACGAAUAUGAACGACAGUUUUGUUUUACGUUUAAUAUACUUUGAAUAUCUACCAGUGAAGAUAAAAGAAGCUGCUCUUGUUGAAGAUGGCAAGCACAUUUGCCAACUUUCUUCAGAUGUAGGUAAUGAGCAGUUGCUAUUCUUUACCACUAACCUAUUGGUUUAUUUUAUUGUGAAAGAAGUCACUUAUAUUAAAGAUAAGCGAACCGUACACGUUGAAAAUUAUUGGCAAGAAAGUAAGGAAGAAUGUAGGGAGAUUAACGAAAAUGAAGCAACAUUGGACGAAACACAGAUUGCUAAACGCUACUAUAAGACGAAACGGUAGACUUAAUAAACAGUGAUAGUGAAAACGAAAGACAACCAAACAACAGGCACACGAAGGAAGAGAGAAGGAACAGAUACGGAGAAGUAUGAAGUCCAGAAUCCAAUGUGAUCCAGUUUUGACCUAGUUCUAGCUUUGGUAUUUAUUAAGGUUCCCAGAUCUACUACUGAAACAAUUUGAAG